CAAUCCUUUGCGAGGCCAACGAUGGUGACAACAGCGAAAGCAACAACAGCUGUGCGGGCUGGGGGUCGCAGGGUCGCUGUGAAGCGACCCACGGAGCUGCUGGCGAAGAAGAGGGCUGCCACAGCCGCCGCAGCAGAGAAAAAGAAGAAGGAGAAGCUGAAGAAGAAGAACAAGGAUACGGAUGAAAACGAUCCAACAAGAGCCGGAGUUCGCGUGCUCUUCAAGACUGUCGCCAUUGGUUCUGCCAUUGGCGUCGUGUUGCUUGCUGCAGUUGGCGCAUUUCUCGUUUACACCGGCGCAACACUGCCUGACCCAAAGCAUGUGUUCCACGCCGCCACCCAAGCCGCUCUGGAUCGCCUCACCGUGAUCAACAUCGCACUCGGUGCUGCUGUCAUUACCGCGGUCGUGUUUGCUUUGAAAACAUACUGGCGUCACCAAGAACGAAAAGCACGUGAGGAGCAAUUGAACGAGCAGCGCAGGCUCGAACAAGCCCAUCGGGCCUUGCAGCGAGACAGAAAACGCGAGCAAGUGGAGGCCCGAAAGCGUCGGCGUGAAUUGGAGCAGCAGGACUUGAUCAACAAAGGCAAACUCAUCGCCGAGCUCGACGAGAAGGAGCGCCAGCGGCAAGCGGAAUACGAACAGCAGCAGAAGAAACUCGAGGAACAGCUCAGGAAGGAGGCGGAGUUGGAGCGGCAGAUUGCGGCGGAGACGCGAAUGCACCAGUACAAGACGGCCGCACUCGCUCAGAUGCAGCGUGAAGAGGAGAUGCAACGGCAGGCCAUUCGAAAAGGCAAAGUGAUUCCAGGCUACAACCCCGCACUUGACGACUACUCAUCGGAUGACGACAGUACCAACAGCGAUGACGACGAUGACGACGAUGGAGAAGACCGGAGGGCCCCGGUUGAGAUUGAGUUGAAUCCGCAGAAGCGCGGCUUUGAGAUUGACAUGACAACCAAGCUUUGGUGGAACAUAGCAACACUUCAGGCGAAUACGCUGAAUCUGCGCAUGCUGUGCAACCGGUGCGCAACGCCGUUCGACGCGUCGCUCUCGGGCGUGUACGAGUCUGAAUGCAGUCUCGCCAAACGCUGCUCAAAGUGCAAGGCCGUUCAGCGCGCGCGGUUCAGGCCUCAGAUUGUGCACGAAGGCAACAAGUGCUUGGGCUAUGUUGAUACUGAGGAGUGUCAGGUGCAGGAUGUUCCUUCCGUUCUCUUCAACGGAGUGUGCAUGGGCUGCUCAUCUCAUGUCGAAUUCAAGACCCCGGCGGUGCGGGCGCGGCGGUGUGAGAGCACGUGCUUCCGCUGUCACCAGAAGCUCGCCGUUGAAAUCGACGUCAUCACCACGACGUUCUUUACCGCUGACGGCGCGAAGCAGCGGCCGCCUGCGCCAGGGAGCCAAAUGCUUGAGAAAGGCGGACCGAAACGCCGCAACAUCAUCAAGUCCUCCCACGUCAUCAGCGCAGGACAGCCGCUUCCCAGCCAGGGUGCCUGCCAACACUUCCGCAAGUCAUACAAGUGGUUCCGGUUUCCGUGUUGUGGCCUGGCCUUCCCCUGUCCUGUUUGUCACGAGCAGUCCGGGUGCGAGGGCGCAAUUGACGGCAAGCACGCUUCUCGCGUUAUCUGCGGCAAAUGCUCUCAAGAACAGAGCGUGGACAACAAGCAGUGCAGCAACUGCUCCACCAAGCUCACGCAGAAGAAUGUUGCUGGCCAUUGGGCAGGCGGCUCUGGCACAAGAGACACGUCCAAGCUGAGCAACAAGGAACGCAAGAAGAACCAGGGCGUCUCUCGCAGCGGUGUGAAGAAGACGCAAUCGAAGAAGAGCCAGCGCGUUGGCCAGAAGGGCAAAGCAAACCGCGAGGACAAGAAGAAGCACAAGUGAUUGCGGCCCACGAUCCUGCAACCAAACACACACACGCGCGCGCGCACACACACACACACACACACACACACACACAACAAACAAACACAGCUUUGCGUUGUGACUCGCUUCGGUAUGCGCUCGUGUACGAAAGUGGGAAAGACAAGCAAAUCCACUGGUUUCUAUGAUACACACAUGGAAAACCCAACAGCACACAACCAUGUCACUUCAAACGCAAAAAUACUUUGUCAAUUACGCA